ACAGCCUGGGCAGUCAAGGGACGUCACUCCUUUUCCCCAGUGACCUUGACAAGUCACAGCUUGAAAGCAGGGAAAUCCGGAUGUCUCUGUUAUGAAGUAGAGCAGCGGGAGCUUCCACCUAUUUCCAGAACUCUCCAUCCAGCCUGGUGAUUAAGCAUCCUCCUGCCUUACUGCUUGUGAGCAUCUGCAGUGCCCCCUUGGCUCUCGGGACUUUGGGCCAUGACCAAGUGCUUCAGCCUGGUGCUGCUUCUUGCCACCCUGUGGGCCACGGGGCUUCUGGUCCAAGGCUCUGUCCACGUCCAAGGGCUUGUUGCAACACCAUGCAGAAUCAUGGGGGUCGCCCUCGUGAACAAAAAGACAGACCCACAGCUGAAUUUCACAGAAGCCCGGGAAGCCUGCAAGCUGCUCGGGCUAACUUUGGCCAGCAAAGCCCAAGUCGAAGCAGCUCUGCUGUCCGGCUUUGAAACUUGCAGCUAUGGCUGGGUUGCAGAGCGAUACGCUGUCAUCCCUCGGAUUAACCAGAACCCCAGGUGUGGUAAGAAUGGGAAAGGCAUCCUGAUGUGGAAAGCGAACACCCAGCAGAAGUUCAGGGCCUACUGUUACAACUCAUCUGAUAUUUGGGUUAACUCAUGCGUCCCAGAAAUUAUUACCACUGCUGAUGCCCUAGACUUGGAAACGGAAACCUACCCUGUAGAGUACCCUGGCAGUGACGGCACCUUCUCAGCCUCAGUCCUGUACCCUACAACCCCUGCUCCCACCACCACUCCUGCUCGAGCAGCCACUUCUUCCUCCCGGAGGAAAAAAUUGAUUUGCAUCACAGAAGUUUUUACAGAAACGAGCUCCGUGCCCAUGGAAACGGAAUCAUCCAUGGAAAAUGGAGCAGUGUUCAGGAACGAAGCUCCGGGGUUCGGAGGUGUCCCCACAGCUCUGCUGGUGCUUGCUUUGCUCUUUUUCGGUGCUGCGGCUGGACUGGCGGUCUGCUACGUCAAAAGGUAUGUGAAGGCCUUCCCUUUUACAAACAAAAAUCAACAGAAGGAAAUGAUCGAAACCAAAGAAGUAAAGGAAGAUAAGGCUGAUGAUGGCAACCAUAACGAAGAAUCAAAGAAAACGGAUAAAAACCCAGAAGAGCCCAAGAGUCCACCCCAAACCACAGUGCGAUGCCUGGAAGCUGAAGUUUAGACUAGAAGCAAGGAGGAAUGCCUGAGGCUGGUUUCUUUCCUGAUCCGUCUCCAGAUAGGCGCCAGGUGGGGAAACAAAAAGAGCCAAAGAACCAAAGAAGAAAAUUCUCUAUCGGUUCCUAACAGGGGUCAGCUCGGGCCUUUCUUUGUACAAAGGAAGCCUUCUUUUCCCUUCACUCCUUUCUGGGUCCUCUCCUCCUACCUCCAAGUCCUCCCACAGCCAUUCUAGCCUGGCCAUGUCCUAAUAUCAUCCGGGUGGGACAAAGGAGCCUUUAAAGGCCGAGAACCUACAGCAGCUCAUCAGCACAUAUCUGUAAGCAGGUCUCCAGGCUGGCUGAGAUACGGUGGGAGAGCAGAGAGCAGGGCCACUGGGACCAGGCUAGACCCACAGCCCACAGCUUUUUUUUUUUUUUUUUUUUUUAAACUCAGAAAAGGAAACACCUAUCCAGCCUGGCGUGUCCUUACAAAGCCGGCACAAAUAAAAGAAGGGCAAAGAAGCCGUGGAAAUUCCCAUGACUGGAGAUCUAAUCUUUGCAAAAGCACAAUAAACAGAACACUGGCAGGAGGCUGGCGUUACCAACACCACCAUAGCCAGCAGGAACUAUAAACAGACAGAGGCCUUAGAGGAGGACUAAGAACACAUAGGUAUUCUUCUCUGAGCUGGUUCAGCGGCAGUCACUUUUAAGAACAUACACACACUUUCUUUUCUUUCUGUUGCUGCCAUUUUCUCUAAAAUAGACUUCUAUAAGGAACAACAAAAGUACUUUCAGAAACUUCUAGUUUUAUCUGAGCUACAGGAACUAUUACCAAGAGAAAUUACUGUGCUAAAAAAAA